AUGAUGCAUCAGGAAAAGCCAACUAUAGCCUGCUUUGGUGCUACCGGAGGAUGUGUGGCAACAGCCUUAGAAAGCGCACUGCGCGAAGGCUUUUAUUGUACCGCUUUCGUUAGGAACCCGGACAAGCUGCGCAAUGUUCUGAUUACCCAGAAAGGUAUUCCAUCGGAUAUUGUUGACCGAUAUCUUACCGUUCAUCGCGGCGAUGUGAAGGACCCUACUGCCGUCGCACAAGCCCUCGUCAGCCCAACCAACGCCAAGUUCGUUGUUGACUUUAUACUCAGCGGCGUCGGCUCACGCCCUAGAUUUGACUGGAGUAUUACGAGACCUCUCCCGCUACAAGACAGAACUAUCUGUGAAGAUACCAUCAAAGUGAUCUACACUGCCCUCUCUAACCUGUCUGCUUCUGGUAUCACCGGCACUAUUAGCUCACAGAAACCUCUCCUCGUGGCUGUAAGCGCUGCCGGAUGCGGGAGGAAGCGAGGGAUACCUCUGCCUGUCUAUCUGCCAUACCAUUACGUUGUGGGAGGGCCGCUAGCAGAUAAGAAAAAGAUGGAAAAUCUGAUCUUGGAAGAUGGAGGUCGCCAUGUACGGGACUUUGUUCUCAUGCGACCACUGAUCUUAACAGAUGGAAAGGCAAAGGGCGACGGGCAGCUUAAAGUUGGCUGGGAAUGGGGUGUUGUCAGUGACGAACACAGUGUUAAAGAACUGGGGCCUAAGAUCGGAUACCUCAUGAGUAAAGAAGAUCUUGGGAAGUGGGUGUUUGACCACGUAAUCCCAGAAGGUGGGUGGGAAGGGAAGUCCAUUUACUUACCCUAUUAA